AUGUGUUAUGACAAGGGCAAUGAACAAAUUUUAGGACCACAAAAAUGUGUUCAAGUUGUAAUGGCCAGAGGGCUUAUUCAACAAUGGAAACAACCCAUAUUUUAUUCAUUUGAUACAGCUAUGACAAAAGAUAUUCUAAUGAAUAUAAUUAGUAAUUUACAUCAUGUAGGAUAUGAAGUAGUAGGCCUAGUAAGCGAUAUGGGACCAACCAACAUUGGCUUAUGGAAGGCAUUAAAUAUAAAACCUACAUCACCUUCAUUUGAAAAUCCUGAAACAAAAAAAAGGGUGCAUGUAUUUGCCGAUGUCCCUCAUCUUAUUAAACUUAUGAGAAAUCACUUUAUUGAUAAAUGA